CGUCGUCGCCCAUGCUCUUAUAAAGGACGCCCACUUUUGCACUCUUGCCCACGUUCCGUUUUCUUGUCCCCCUUCUCUUUCUCUCACCCUUCUCCCACCUUUCCUCUCUCUCUCGGGUUUUGUAGUCUCCCCUGCUUUCAUCCGUGAGCUAGGCUGUCCUUUUAGAGAUCAUCCCUUCCUCUCCUUCUCCCUUCCCUCUAUCACUUAUUCCAUAACAUAAUUCAACAUGGGGUCCGUGUUCUCAGCACCCAUCUUCUUCAUUAUGUUCAGAGAGACGACCGAGGCAGCCAUCAUUGUCUCGGUCCUCCUCUCGUUCGUCUCCCAGGUCAUCGUUGAUGAUCCUGUCCUCUACCGUCGCCUCAAGUGGCACAUCUGGAUCGGUGUCUUGAUCGGUCUCGUCAUCUCUCUAAUUAUCGGUGGUGCCUUUAUUGCCAUCUGGAACUCGCUGGCCAAGAACGUCUUCAUGACCAGUGAGGAGCUGUGGGAGGGUUCCUUUGCCUUGAUUGCUUCUAUCAUGAUCACGUCCCAGGACAUGCAAGAGAAGUGGCGCGGAAAGUUGGCCCAAUCGAUGGACAACAUAGACAAGAAGCAGAGCCUGAGCAAGCGCUCCCGCAAGUAUGCGCUCUUGAUUUUGCCCAUGGUCACUGUCCUUCGCGAGGGUUUGGAAGCCAUGAUUUUCGUUGGUGGUGUUACAUUCGAGACGGAGCCUAAGUCCAUUCCUCUUGCUGCGAUUACUGGUCUCUUGGCCGGUGCCUUGGUUGGAUUCAUCAUUUACCGCGGAGGCAGUCGCCUGGCCCUUCACCGCUUCUUCGUCGCCUCUACCUGCUUCUUACUCCUCAUCGCCGCUGGUCUCUUUGCCAAGGCCAUUAAUGCCUACGAGAUGGACAAGUGGAACAAGAUCGUUGGUGGUGAUGCCGAUGAUGCCGGCACCUACGAUCCCCGCGGCAACGUCUGGGCCCUUAGCUAUGGCAACCCUAACGAUCCCAAUGCGGGUUUCGCUGCUUUCUGCAACUCUAUUGUUGGCUGGAACAACGUCGCCUCGGUCGGUACCAUCGUCGGCUACUGCGUGUAUUGGCUUGUGAUUGUCGCUUCGGUCAUCUACAUGAAGAUCAAGAGCAAGCGCGCUCGUGCUGCUGCCGCCAACGUCGAUACUCCAUUUGUUGACGAGAAGGCUAUCGCUGCUGCUCACGUCGAGAAGACUGCCGCUGAGAACCUUUAAAUUUGAUCGAACCUUGAUCAUAAAACACACAUCUACUAUGUCAUUGUAAUCAUUAGCAUUAUCCUCCAUCUAUCAUGUUUAUAGCUCUUUUUUAUUUUGUUUUUGUUUUUUAACAGGGUAGACACCAUUGAACACUUCCUUCCCACCUUAUGUAUAGUUCCUUCCGUUCAUAAUUCUUCCCGGUCCAUGGUGUUUUCGCUCACUCUUUGUAGUUGUUCGACUCCUUGCCGUGCUUUAUAGAGUAUAGAGUUGGCUGGAGAAGCGUAGCUCAACACGAGAGAAUAAAUCAACAAAAAGCAAUAUAUGAAACGC